CUCGCCUCCGCCCCCUCCUUCUCCUCCUCCAGGCCAGCUGCCGCUUGCUUCGCUUGGCUCCUCGGUGGGGGUCAGCCGAGGCGUUCCCCCGGCCCCUCCCUCCUCCGCUCCCUUCCCCCCUCCCCCCCGCUUCGUCCGGCUCUAAGUUGUCAAUCAAGGCGCCUGGGCUGAGAUAGGCGACGGCAGCGGGCGGAGAGACGGGCAGCUACGCCACAGCCCAGCGGCGGCCAUUCGUGGAAAAAUAGGCCGACCUGCUCCUCCCAGCUCCGGCAGCGACCGGCCUUCUCUCGCCGCUACCCCCAGCACCCCGCCCUCCGUCCCUCCCCUCCCUCCUCCUCGAGCCGCGCCUCAGCGGGCGUUAAUGCGGGAUGAGCGAUCAAAAGAAGGAGGAAACUAUGCCUUCUGAGGGAGAAAAAUCUCCUGAGGCUGAGAAUAACAAUAAGAAGAACAAAACUGGAGCUUCUCAGGAUUCUCAGCCCUCCCCUCUGGCUCUGUUGGCAGCUACCUGCAGUAAAAUAGGAACUCCUGGUGAGAAUCAAUCAACUGGACAACAGAUUAUUAUAGAUCCAAGUCAGGGUUUGGUUCAGCUUCAGAGCCAACCACAGCAGUUAGAAUUAGUGACAACUCAACUUGCUGGAAAUGCUUGGCAACUUGUUGCAGCUCCUUCUGCUUCAAAAGAAAACAACAACCAGCAACCCUCUUCUGUUGUUUCAACUGCGGCAAGUCCCUCCAAUAGCAACAAUGGAAAUGUAUCCCCCUCAAAAACUAAACCAAGCAAUUUUUCUGGAAUAACUCCAGGACAAUUUCAAGUCAUCCAAGUUCAGAAUUCAGGUGGUAGCGUUCAGUACCAAGUGAUUCCACACAUUCAGACAACAGAAGGUCAACAAAUUCAGAUAAAUCCUGCUAAUGCCACAGCUCUGCAAGAUAUACAGGGUCAGAUUCAGCUUAUUCCUGCAGGGAAUAAUCAAGCUAUUAUUACAACUUCAAACAGGACAGCUUCUGGGAAUAUUAUUGCUCAGAAUCUGGCAAAUCAAACAGUGCCUGUCCAGAUUAGGCCUGGUGUUUCCAUUCCAUUGCAGCUACCCAUUGCUGGUACUCAGGCUCAAGUUGUAACUUCAUUGCCUAUAAAUAUUGGGGGAGUGACUCUAGCAUUACCUGUAAUAAAUGUUGCAACAGGUACUAGUUCUGGACAAAUUGUCCAAUCCAAUGAUAGUGGACUAUCCAAUGGAAACCAGGUAUUGUCCACCCCUGUCACAACAGCUUCUGUUACUGCUAUGCCUGAAUCUCCUACUUCCACUUGUACAACUACAGCCUCUACAUCUUUAACAGGCACUGAAACAUUAGUUACUACUGGCGAAACAGGCCAAUAUGCAAGCACAGCAAAUAGUUCUGAAAUGAGUGCUGAAGAAACUCAAACUAGCACAUCUGAAACAGAGGCACAAAAUUCUAGUCAGCUUCAAUCCAAUGGAUUGCAAAAUAUGCAGGAUCAGUCAAAUUCACUGCAACAGGUUCAAAUAGUAGGUCAGCCUUUUCUCCAGCAGAUCCAGAUCCAACAGCCUCAGCAGCAGAUCAUUCAAGCAAUUUCUCCACAGUCUUUCCAGCUUCAGUCAGGACAAACUAUUCAGACUAUUCAGCAACAGUCGUUGCAAAAUGUUCAGCUGCAAGCAAUGAGUCCAACACAAGUACUCAUAAGAGCACCAACUUUAACCCCAACAGGACAAAUCAGUUGGCAGACAGUACAAGUCCAAAAUCUUCAAAGUCUUUCAAAUCUCCAAGUUCAAAAUGCUGGGCUACCCCAACAAUUAACUAUUACCCCUGUAUCUUCAAGUGGUGGCACAAUUGCUCAAAUAGCACCGGUAGCUGUUGCUGGCACACCAAUAACACUUAAUGCUGCUCAGAUUGCUUCAGUGCCUAAUCUUCAAACAGUAAGUGUAGCCAACUUGGGUGCUGCAGGUGUUCAAGUGCAAGGAGUGCCAGUCACUAUUACAAGUGUUGCAGGUCAACAACAAGGGCACGAUGGAGGAGUGAAAGUACAGCAAGCAACAAUAGCUCCUGUAACUGUAGCAGUUGGAGGUAUAGCUAAUGCAGCAAUGGGUGCAGUUAGUCCUGAUCAAAUAACUCAAGUGCAGCUGCAACAAGCUCAGCAAGCAUCUGAUCAAGAAGUGCAGCCUGGCAAAAGAUUAAGAAGAGUUGCUUGUUCAUGCCCUAAUUGUAGAGAAGGGGAUGGAAGAAGCAGCAGUGAACCAGGAAAGAAGAAACAACAUAUCUGCCAUAUUGAAGGCUGUGGUAAAGUAUAUGGAAAAACAUCUCAUCUUCGGGCACAUCUUCGCUGGCAUACAGGGGAAAGGCCAUUUGUGUGCAAUUGGAUCUUCUGUGGAAAAAGAUUUACAAGAAGUGAUGAAUUGCAGAGACAUAGACGAACCCAUACAGGGGAGAAAAGAUUUGAAUGUCCAGAGUGUUCUAAAAGAUUUAUGCGAAGUGAUCAUCUCUCCAAGCAUGUCAAAACACAUCAGAACAAGAAGGGUGGAGGAACAGCCCUUGCUAUCGUUACCUCAGGUGAAUUGGACCCUUCAGUUACUGAGGUUCUUGGAUCUCCAAGGAUUGUCACAGUAGCAGCCAUUUCUCAAGAUUCAAAUCCAGCAACUCCAAAUGUUUCAGCAAACAUGGAGGAAUUCUGAAAUAAUUACAUAAAUGCCUAGAAAUGCACUUAAGUUUACAUACUUUUCAAGAUACGGAAGUGGGCUGGUAAAAGUGUAUUACAGAGCAGGAAAUCAUGUAUUCAGUCUUGAUUACUAUAAGUAUUCCAAGCUGGAGAAUUAGCAUAGAAAGUGUACUUUGUACAAUAAGACAACAUUUAAAAAAAGAAAGAACCAAUUCAUAUAGAUAAAUUAUGCAUAAAACAGAUUAGGAAAAUGUUACUUCCACACAGCACUGAUUUUUAUAGCUCUGUAUCUCAUAAAUAAUUUUUGAUUAGAUUUAUCUUCCAGGAUGAGAUAUAAAUGUUUGUUGUAGCAACAAACUGUAAGAAUAUGCAACAGAAUUGCUGCUGAUUAGAGUUUUCCUUUAAAAAUCUAGUAUUUUCAUGGGAAUUGACUUUGUCCAAAAGGCACAAAAAUAUGAAGUGCUCUAGUGAAGAUGAAAACUUUUUUUUUCUUUGUGAGACAUAUAUAUUAAAUUGGGCCAUCUUUAUUCAUUUGUUAAAAAUCAGGUGGCAGCAUAUGAAAUGGAUCUGAGGUACAUCUCAGAUAAUUUUGGCCACUACAUUAUAGUAGUGUAUGUAAUGACAAUCAAUAAAUAUAGAUUAUUCUCUUUCUAGAAGAGAUGAGAGAUCUACAGUGUCAGUGUAUUCUGUAUUAAAUACUGAACUUCAGAAAUAUAUUAACAUAAAACUUUAAUUUCUAUGUAAAAAUUAAAUUCGAUAAUAUGCAUUACAAACUUGUAUCUUAAUUCAUCCCAUUUCACGAUACAGGAUCUAUUCUUAAAAACUGUUUAAUCUCUGUUUUUAAGCCAGUAAUUUAAAUAAUAAAUUCUAUUCAAUACUUGGAGAUAAUGGGAAGUGGAAUGUUAUAAGAAUGUAGCAUUUAUGCACCAUUUAUAACAUUUUUUCAAUUAGGGUAAAUGUACUGAAUUAACGAAACUAACCAAAGAAAAAGAUUAGCAACCAAAAGUAUAACUGAAAUAAUUAUCUGCUCCUUAUAAAAAAUAUUGGCUGGGAUACAAAGAAAUAAUUUUGGUUUGCUCAAGAGUUUCUGUCCAGCAAGAAGGUUUCAACCUUUUCUUUCCUUUGAAAAAAAAAUUUUGUGCCCUUAACAGAUUGUGGUGCCCUCUGACCUUAUUUAUUUGCUACUAGACUAGGUAACAUCCUCAGGGCUAGAAGGAGUGGUUUUGAUCUCUGUUUAUGUACAGUAACGUGCCCUCUUAGUGUGGUUGGGUUGUGGUUUUCUCCUUGGUAGUCCCUUAUUUAGCCUUUUGCAUACUGAUAGAUUGUUCAUCUGAGUUGAUACUCCCAAUUUAGGUCUAUAACAGCUACUUAGUUAAAAAGGAAACAAAAAGUCAAAACAUAUCUUGUCCAGCAAUCAACACUCAGGAAAGCAGGGAUUAACACCCGACAAUCAAGCAGUAAAUAAAAGUGUAGUCAAGGAACUACCAAGAAGAAAAUGUCGCCCCCAUCCACGCUAGCAAGGCAAGCUGCUACAAAACCCACUUCCUCCCAGCACUGGAGAUGUUAUCUAGUCUGGUAGCGAAAUGUCUUUUUAAAGCAAGAACCAACCUCAGAGAGUGCCAGGGACUCCAUAGUUCCAACCCCGAGUUAUAUGUGUUCUCUUCUAUUGAUAUAACAGUUUAGAUGCACAGAGUAUUUUGCAAAAAUUAUUUGGAGUCCAGCAAUUUCUUACAUGUUUCCCCGUCCUGUAUCACAGAAAGUAAACAAACCAGUAAAUAGUGAAAAAAUAAUUAUUUUCAUUUUUCAGAACAAAAUACAGUAUAUUCUGAACAUGUGUGGUGAUGUGUCUGUAAUGUGGGUUUCUUUAAUAAUAGCUCACUGAAAAUAAUAAAAGAAAUGAAAAUUGUUACAGAUCCAGUUCUUUUUAUUGAAUGCUGGUCAUCCAAUGUGGUUCCUUUGGAAGGAAUGCACAUUUUGUGAAUACACCUAUUGUUAGCAUCUAGAUGAGCUUAUUGGUGUAUGGGCAGGAAUCUCCAUCUAUCUUAAUUGUGUUGUGAAAAUUUUUCCUGUGCUGCUAUCUUUUGCUGGUUUGUGGCAAUUGUUACAAGUUUGAAUGCAUAAAAAGGAAUAUAACUAAAAGUACUUUGGGUUUUUAAAACAAUUUCGACAUAAAAAUUAUGUUUUGCUAUCUAUCCUGUUGAAAACUUCUCAAGAACACUUUUUACAUUUUUACAAUAAAAUAUUUGGAUAAUUUAAAAAUACAGUGCAGGCAAAUGAAAUUUCCUUUAACAAUAUACUUUGGUUGGGAACUGCUUGAAACUUCAAACAAGCAUCUUUUA